UCAAAUUGAAAAACACGAUCGCAUGGAUAUGCAUACUACAGUCUAAACUUUUCAAUAAAUAGAAGCGAAACACAUGGAAAUUGGUAUGAUUGAUAUUAUGAUUAAUGGAUAAAGCGAUUGUUUAAGUUUUUUAAAAAAUUAUUAUUAAAAAAUGCGACGUCGGCGCCGAAGUGAAGCCAUAAAUCGCCUCCGGAAGGAAAGCGCUGAGACACGCAGGCGUACAAACGCCACAAGUGUCGAACCAAUAAAAUUUUAAAAACAAGUGAAAUUGUAUUUUUUUUUGUAAUAGGUGAAGCUAUAUGUGAGGUAGAUCGCAUUUUUCAGAAAUGUGCGUGCUAAGAUGCGAUUAAAAUUAAAUAUCAUGUACAAGCCAAUAUUCUUCAACCAAAUCUACAACAGAAAUUUGAACGUUUACUGCAACUAUCAGAGAAAAAUUCUCCCGCCCCUAAACACCCCAUUUUCCUUCAUAUCUGGUGUUUUAGUAAUAAGAAAGAAAAAGAAACUCUGGCCACCUCACUACCAUUAUGAAAAAGGGCUUAACAUUUCGCUCAUCUGAGAAAAUAACAAAAAGGAAUUUGUAAAUAUUUGCGAGUAACACAUUUGUGUUUUAAAAGUUGUUUAUUUAACAAAAAAAAUAUACAAUUAUGGAGUCUUGCUCUGGUGAGCAUGUGUUACCACAGCAGCAACAAACAGGCCAUCCUGCGAACACAAUUGGUUUUAUAACUCAAACUGAAAGUUUAUCAAGUUCGGAAUACCAAAUGCAAAAACCAACUACACAUUGGAGCAUUGAAGCAAUGCCUUGGAAAAUGCCACCGCUUACUGAACAAGAAGGAAAAGUCAUGAAAUUUACCGCUUCAUGCGGUGAAAGCUUUAGAAGGAAUACUUUGCGGACCGCUCUAUUAAACCACAAACGUAAAUCAGAUCUAAACAUGUUACCACCAAUGCCUGCAAAGCAAUUUAUAUCCGAGGAAAAAUUUACUGCUCAUUUUAAUGGCUUACACAUAUCCAGCGAUUACAUUCAACACAACGCAUGCAGCAGUUCGGGCGAUGCUGCUUCCAUUACUUCAACAGCAGUCACUGGCAAAAAUUUUACAAAUCUCACCUAUGCUGACUACCAGAUAACAGCGAAAGAGUUGGAAGAGAAACUUCGGAAUGUUAGUCGCAUUACAUUAUGCGAGGAAUUGAAAAAAUUUCAGGAGCAACAAAAAAAGACUGCUUACUUGCCCGAGGCAUUAUUUAAUCGUAUUGAGAAACCGUGCACGGCUUUAGUGUUGUGGCAGCCACCGCCAAUUCUGAAUUUGCUUAAGGAUCAAACCGCAAAUAAAAAUAAAAAUAUUCCGGAAGAGAUAAAAGCAAAUGAUGUCGAAAUUACUGACGAAGAUUCAAUUGAAUUGGCUCCUGAAGAAUCAGUUGAAAUCGAUGAUUUUAUCGAUAAUAAUAACACAUGUAAUGUGGAUUUUAAUGUAAGGCCUGACGGUAUGGACGAAGAUUUGUAGUUUUA